UCUAAUUAUGUUUAUUUUUCAGACUUUGUUUGAUCCCUACUUCAUUUCCUUCUACAACCUGUUCUAUACCUCAAUGCCGUGUCUCUUCAUGGCGGCGUUUGACCAGGACGUGAAUGAGACUUACUCGCUGCGCUACCCCAAGUUGUACACGCCAGGCCUUAGAGACAUGCUGUUCAAUAAGAAGAUUUUCCUGUUAGGCGUGAUGGAAGGGUUCAUCACAUCCCUUAUAUUAUUUUUCAUCCCCUACGGGACGUUCUACUGGGCGACCAACCCCUGGGGCACGGACCUCGUCGACCAUCAGUCAUUUGGGGUUGUAGUCGCGUCCAUACUGGUGGUCGCUGUCAACCUACGGUGUGCGCUGGAUACGUCGUACUGGACUGGCUUCAACCACUUUGUGAUAUGGGGAAGCAUGAUCCUGUACUUCUGCUUCAUUCUGACCAUGUACUCCAGCGUGUUCAACUACACGUAUAUGGGGGUGGCCUACCAGGUCUACUCCACAGCCAAUUUCUGGCUUUGUCUACUCCUCACCAUCACGAUCCUCCUUAUCCCGGUCAUCGCAUACCGCUUCUACUAUCUCGACAUGCAUCCCACGCUUAGUGACCGAGCCCGACUCAAACAGCGCAUGUCCAAAUCCAAGGCUCGCUCAGGUGACAUCACAAUGCGUCGUCAGUCGACACUGCGCCGCAGCACAAGAUCGUUACGCUCAGGCUACGCCUUCGCCCACCAACAAGGUUUUGGCGAGCUCAUCACCAGCGGCUUAAAUAUGCGACAACGGGUCGAACAAAGUGAGGCAAGAGAUAAUCCUGUCCAGUUAACUAAAAUUAAACGUAUAAAUAGCUUGAACUCGCCACAAAACGGGAACAGCGCUUCAGAAGGAUCCCAUGUAAAUAACGUGUCGGAGCAUGAACAUGAUAAACAUGUAAUGUUUAGUGAAAAGCUCUGACGAAACCAUCCGAGUCAUUGAAAAGCUUUGAUAAAAUAAAACAAAUCUGUGAUUAUGUGAAUUUAUAUCAAGAUUGUAUGUCAAGUUAUUUAGAUAAAAUGUGUGAAGUCCUAUGAAAGAAAUCAGACGUCCCUAUUUUACAAAACUGAAAAUGUUCAGCUUGUGAUCAGUGUAUCUUCAAAAGAAAUGUUUAGAAAUAGAUAUGUUGCAAUAUUUGUAAAUAAGAUUUUACCAUAGUGUUAAUACAUAUGAUGUCAUAAUCUAGAAAUUUCAUAAAUUAUUAGAAAAAAUUGGGGUUAUUUUUUUCCUGUUUUUGUAUUAACUAUGUACCAUGCUUGAUUUCCUGCAUAAAAAAAUCCAAGUUCAGACUCUUAAAAUUUGUUCUUAGUAUUAUGCUCUUAUAUUCCCUUCAAAUAAAGAUUUUUUAAUUAAAUGAUUUAUUUUUCGACGGACUGUAUUAUGGUAUGCCAUUUUUCUUGUGUCUGAUGAUCCACUAAGCUGAGGUGUUUGUCCACCCAUCCGUCCAUACAGAAUCUUUCCUUUCUCUGGACCACAAUUUAUUAUCAGAAGAAGAUGCAAAGGUCAAGGGUCACUGUUACAGAACAUUCGCUUUAUAGUAUGACUUUAUCGUGGCUCCCUCGGUGCCAUUCAUUGUUGGUUAUAACCCUGUUGAAAAAUGUUUAGUUAAAAUUAAACCUAGUUAUAACUUUUUUCACUAUGUAUUCUUCUUAGUUCAUCUUACACUUAAUUCAGUUUUUCUGGUUUUGGAUUAUAAAUUGUCACGUUCUGUGUCUGUUAACUCAGCUGUAUUGAUAUCACAAACAACAUUAAAUUUGUUUAUUUUUUGAAAUGACAAAAUUUGAUUAAGAGAAAAAAUGAACUUUUUAAAGCAUGACAGGAAAAUUUAAUAUUAAAUUGUUUCAAUAAAAGCCUUUCCCCAAAAAUAUUGUUUUUACAUUAAUGUCUGAACUUGGUUUAGUAUUUCCCUUUUUAUCUACAUAAAAUGAUGUGAGUUUGAUAUGAAAUCACCUGUACAUAAAAGUUAUAAAGUAAUUAAUAUUUAGCCUCAUUGAAGGUUUAAAUCGUUUCUGUUAAAUGUGAGAAAAUAUGUGUAUUUUACAUUUUUUGUGUAUAUAUUACACAGGUAGCUGUAAUCUUCUAAUAUACUGCACUGUUUAAAUGUCUUUAAGUUUUUUCUAUCGAUUCAAAUAUUGUUCUAGUUUGUACAGAAAGUAUUACUAUUUUACAAUGAUGUUAUGAUUAUUAUUCUUGUACAUGUACCUGCUUGGCAAUGAGUAAUCAUUUGAACUGAUCUAACUGCUUUUUUCACUAGUCAUGGAGUCGGUCCAGACGUGUUCAUUGGAAUAACUUUCCUGUGAUUUCUGUGGCAAUAAUUUCUAUUUUAUUAAUGGAUGUACAUGUGUUUAUCCAUUUUUUAAUUGCUGACUUUGCCUGGUGAAUUUUCCUUCCAAUAUAUCUUGAUACCACACACUCUUACCUUUGCUAAAAAUGUGGAAAAAAUAAUUCUGCAAAGGGAGAUAAUUACAGGUUAAAUAGACUUUCCUUCACAGAGGAAUACAAAUUCAUGCAACUCUUUUCACAUAGAAUAGUUUUGCAUUUGAAAGGGGAAAUUAUAUAUAUAUGCACUUUUUGAAAUAUCUUGUUAAUAGAUUUAAAAUUCUGUAAAAAAUAAUUACAGACUAUACAGGAUGUAUACGUUAGUACAUGUAUCAUAUUAUGUUGGUAACUAUUUUAUGGUGUGUAAGUAAAAAAGAAACAUUGAUAUUGCUAAUUAACUUGAGAGAAAAGGUUAUAAGGAUGAUAUUGUAUAGUAUCUCCCUUACUAUCACGA